AUGAGUAUACAACGUUAUCUAACAUAUUAUAGUCCACGUAUAUCUACGAAUAUUAAAAAAUAUCGUCUUUUGGCUAUAAUUAUUUUUUCUUUAUUCAUAUUUCUAUUCAUAAUUUAUGAUUUUCGUACACCACUAAUUUUUUCAAAUAUUCCACCAUACAAUGAUAUCAUUUCUUAUAACAAAUCUUUGGACUUAUUAAAAAGAGAAAAAGUUCUCAUACCUAUAUCUAUUAAUCGAUUAUAUGAUCAUAAAGUAGUAUGUACCGGUAAUAAUGGUAUACUUAAUCGAACUGAUUUAAUUAAUCGAAUAUCAACAGUUUGUGAUAUAAAUUUAAAUGGAAGUUUAAAUAUUAAUCUUAAGCCACCAGAUGAUUUUCAAAUACGUUCAUCAUUAACAUCAAAAUAUGUCAAGUUAUGGAAAACAGCCAAUACAUGUUCAAUAUUCGAAAAUGAAACAAUUGCAAUUAUUAUGUCGUAUCGUGACCGUGAAAAAAAUUUAAAAACUUUACUAUAUAAUUUAUUGCCUUUUUUACAACGACAAAAAAUUUCCAAUUAUAAAAUAUUUAUUAUUGAACAACAAGCAUUAGGUGCAUUUAAUAAAGGUCGAUUGUAUAAUAUUGCAUUUUAUCAUCUUAUGAAAACUUAUAAACCAACAUGCGUUAUUUUUCAUGACGUUGAUCUUAUUCCAGAAAAUGAUCAUAAUUUAUAUUCAUGUUUAAAAUUAACUGAUCAUCCUCUUCAUAUGUCAGCUAAUGUACGUUUUCAAAUAGAUAGUUCAUAUACAACGAUCUAUUCUUUUCUUGUUGGUGGUGUAUUAACACUUCGACCAGAAACUUUUAUUUUACUAAAUGGUUAUUCGAAUCAAUAUUUUCAUUGGGGUGGAGAAGAUGAUGAUAUGGGUUUAAGAUUUUUAUCGAAAGAUAUUUGUGUUCAACGACCGACAACUGGUUAUUAUUAUGCUGGUUCACAUUCAAGUCAAACACGAAAUAAAAAUCGUUUUAAGCUUUUAUUUGAUGCUGCUUUAAGACAAGAUAUUGAUGGACUUAAUAAUAUUGCUCAAUUAGCUCGUAUAACGAAUACAUAUGAAUAUCCUCUAGUCACUUGGUUAACAGUGGAAUGGAUUGAUAAAUAUUCGUCUACCUCAUAA